UUUUUACUGUUGUACCUAUCCAUUUCUUUUGUUUAAAAUCUCUCCCACUGCCAAGGGUCACUGGCAGAGAUCUCUUAUAGAGAUAAGUGUUUCCUUGUCCACUGUUUUUCUUUUUACUUUUGUGUGUUACUAAUAUUAGUACAAAAUAAAUAAAAAAAUAAAGUUUGGAUAAGUUGGUAAGUACUAGGUAGGUAGUUAAUAUUAAUGGUAAACUCCUUGGCCACCUUAAUGAUAUACCUAAUUCCGAUUAGAAUAAUGAAAUGUAAUAAUUUAUGAGAUGUAAAUACUACCUAAUAAAUGUCUCCUUAAUUGAAAAAAAAGGAAUUGUACUUACAAUAAGGAGGCAAGGGAAAUCGUUUAAUGUAAAUAGCAUUAGUCAGCAUAUUUUAUUGAUCAUAAGAUAAAUACGUCUACAUGCGUACAUAUUUUGAUGAGAUUUUCCGAUAAUAUGAUAGUGAUAGUUAAGUACCUACGUAUUAUCUACAAUUUAAUGAAGAAUAUGUAAUUUUUGACUUAUUGUGCAUCGAUAAAGGCAAUAAGAUGGUAGUGUUACUUCUAUUUCUUUCCGCCCUUAGCUUUUACAAUGUCCAGGGAAACGUAGGCCCUUUGGUGCAGACGAACCAGGGUCUUAUUCGUGGACUGCAAGCCGAUGAUGGAGACUAUUCUAUGUUUUUGGGAAUACCGUUUGGAAAAGUUCAAGAGGAUAAUCCAUUUGGACCUGCCCUUCCGCAUCCUAAGUUCGAACAAGUCUUCAACGCGUACGACGACUCCGCAAUUUGUCCUCAAAGGGAAGAAUUUAAUAGAACGAUUACGGGAACACUCGAUUGCCUUCAUUUACAUAUUUAUGUACCAAACAAAGCUUCUCCCAAAAACAAAGUCCCCGUUUUAGCCUGGAUUUACGGUGGAGGUUUCAAUGUUGGAUUUGCGGGAAGAUUCCUUUACGGACCUCAAUUUUUAGUCAGACACGAUAUAAUUUUAGUCUCCAUAAACUACAGACUUGGUCCUUAUGGGUUUAUGUGUCUAGACACACCUGAAGUUCCAGGAAACCAGGGAUUGAAAGAUCAAUUGUUAGCGUUACGAUGGAUUAAGGAUAAUAUUGAUGCGUUUGGAGGUGACGUUAAUAAAAUUACUAUAAUGGGAGAAAGCGCUGGCAGUGUCUCAGUUGAAUUACACCUUAUGUCGGAGCAGGAAAAAUUGUUUAACCAAAUUAUAAUGCAAAGCACCUCCGCUUUGAGUCCAUUAGCUGAACCCUUUUCUGAUAAAACGGCGCCUCUUAAAAUCGCUGAAAAAUUGGGCUAUAAAACAACAGAUUUAUCUGAUGCAUUGAAAUUUUUAGCAAAAAUAGAUCCAAAAGCUAUUAUAGCAGCAUCUAUUGAUUUAUCGCUGUUGUUUGUAACGUGUGUGGAAAAAAGAUUUGAUGGCGUAGAAAGCUUAAUUUCAGUACAUCCGUUACAUGCCGAUAUACCAAAAGCGAAAAACACGAAAGUUUUAGCAGGUUUUAAUAAUAAAGAGCAAUUGGUUCAAGCAGCAACGAGAUCGGCGGAUGCCUUUAAAAAUUUAAAUAUUUUUCAACUUUUGGCAAUGGGUUUUAAUGUUGACGAAGAUUUUCAGGUAAUGGAAGAUAUUGUUCGCCGUUUUUACAUAGGUGACGAAGAAGUGACGGAAUUAUUACGGUGGAAGAUAAUGGAAUUUGAAUCGGAUUGGUUUUUUAACUACCCGAUGCAGUGGGCUGUAACAAACUACCUCGAAAAGGGGGUUCAAGAGGUUUACCAAUACAUGUUCUCAUAUAGUGGAGGAAGGAAUUUCUUUAAAAACAGAAACAAUGUGACUGAAGUUGGCGCGGCCCAUGCUGACGAACUUGGUUAUUUAUUUGAUCUGUCAUUCUACAAGUCGCAUUCCGAUGAAGAUCAAAGAAUGAUUGAUCAGAUCACCACACUUUGGGCAAAUUUCGUUAAAUACGGAGAUCCAACACCGGAGACAUCAGAUCUGAUCCCAGUGAAAUGGCCCCCAGUCACCAAAGAUGUCUACUCUUACAUGGACAUAGACUCUGAACUUUCAGUCAAGAGGCGAGCCUAUCACGACAGGCUUAGUUUUAUGCAACUAUUCUAUAAAACUAACUGGAAUAGACUAAAAGGAAAUAGUCAGAAUUAGGAGAAAGUAUCGCAAAUAUUAUUAAAAUUCUCUUCUUCUAACUAAAUAUUAAAACUUUUAUUUUGACAUGUUUUCACAUUCAAUGAAAAAAAUCAAAGAAGCUAAUUCAUCAGUUUUGGAAAUUUUUAAUACAACCCUAUGAAUGGGAGGGGUUAGACCAAUAGUCCACCACGCUGGAUGCGGAUUGGCAGACUUCACAUACGCAAAUUAAGAAAAUUCUCUGGUAUGCAGGUUUCCUCGCAAUGUUUUUCCUUAACCGUUUGAGACACGUGAUAUUUAAUUUCUUAAAAUGCACACAUCUGAAAAGUUGGAGGUGCAUGCCCCGGAACGGAUUCGAACCCACACCCUCCGGAAUUGGAGGCAGAGGUCAUAUCUAUAUAUCACAUCACAUAUUGUCUAUACAUAUACAAGUAUAUUUUAAAAUAAUAUUGAAACUAACUACUUAAAUUGACUACAUAAACCUAUUGUAUUAACUACUUAUAUAUUAAAAAAGAUUUUUUUGGAAGUUGAUUAAAAUUGUUUUUGUUCAAUGUAUCAUAAUCCGUGUACCUUAUGAUUAUGAAGGUAUUGAUGGAUUACGUAAGUAUUUUUUGUUCAAUGUAUCAUAAUCCGUGUACCUUAUGAUUAUGAAGGUAUUGAUGGAUUACGUAAGUAUUAUAAAUAAAACCUUUGUUAUUGGUGAGAGAGAUUAAUUUAUUUUAUUUACUUAAAAUACUAAAGUUUUAAGUUUUACAGAUUUUGAAGAAACUGCUAUUAGACUAUUACCAUUUAUGGAAUCACAUCUGCUCGUGAUAUUCAACAAUACAUAAGUAUCACAAUACAUAAUAUCAUUAAAUAAAAUUAUCCAUAUUCUAUAUGACAUGCAGUAUUAAGUCAUUAUAAAUUAUAAAUAAAUAAAUAAAAUCGAAAAUUCACUUUACAUAAAAAAGUUGAUUGCACACUACCGCAAGACCAUUAGGAAGAAAUAUUUUGUAAUCCACAGCUCUUGUGGGCUCAUUGCAGUGUGCAACUUAACACCAUACGUAGGUAACUUUAGAGAAAUUUUAAAACUACAUGUACAAUAUGAAAAUAGCUUCAA